AUGAAAGUUGAUAAAGCCGUGUGCACGAAUGGCACCCUCGGUGAUCUGGGGCGGGCGAUUCAGUUUGAGGCCGUGUUCUCGACAUUGGUCGAGAAUAAAAUGUUGGCGAUCAAGCGUGAGUGUGAGUUCAAGAAGCGGCACAAAAAAUCACGGCUCCUGCGCAAAGCCGUUUUCAACCGCAAGGUAACCACCGCCUGCUGCCAUCAAUCGGUAACUACAUCUGCCAGCGGCAGUAUCUCUGCUGGAGAUCCCGAUGGCACCAGUGAGCCAGAUUAUGCCGAUCGUAAUGGUGCACUGGCUGAGCACGCCUCCGGAUCGGCUGCUGGAUGGCGAAUCUACGAGAGUGAAGAUCGGAGAGCGAAUGGGGCCGCUUCGUUAGCGAUCGAUAAUUCCCUUAUCAGCGAUGACGCCGACGAGGUGAUCGUUGAAAUCGGCGACCUUUCGUCGUUGGUGGACUCCGAUGGCAAUGUGGUUGUGACGACGAAUGCGGUUGACUCAGCCCGUCGGUUCCAGGCGGACAUUCCCAGAGACGAAUGUUACUCACCCAGCCUAGUACGUGAUAAUCCGGUGUCGACCGCCGUGAACCUAACGCCUACGAGCUCCGAUAGCGGUCAACCGUCAAACGCAGAUGUGCGGACGAGAGAGUCAACUGUGAUCAAAGCAGGCGUGCCUCCGCAACGGAGCGAUCAAAAGACUACAACGAGAAAACCGUCGGUGUUCGAGCCUAUUUCAAUCGAAAUAGAACACGAAUCGUUUGAUCUCAACGAUAGUGCAACGAACGUGGCGAUGGAGCUGGACGGGGUCAGGGGCGGUGUGUCGGGAAAACGGGGAAGCACUGCCUCCGAGCCGAUAUCGAUCAUCAAAAACUCGGUGCAGCAACACGCCACUGCUGCUUCUGCCGCUGGUUAUCGAUUCGGUACGGGUUCGUACCUGUCACCCGGAAGUGCCGUCAAUCGGCUGCGUUUGCUGGAAGCUAAGUCGAUAAGCGCUCAAAACAGUCCGAUACUGCGACGGCAACGGACAGGUACGGAGGGCCGGCACCUGACAUUCAGCCCCGCAACCUAUCGGCAGCAUUCGUCGACGAAAACGAGUGCCAUAGAGUGUGAUAGCUCCCUAAUGGAUCUCAGCAAGGCGGAAGCGAACCAUUUGCAGCACCUGCAGCAGCACCAACAGCACUACAACUCCACUGUGAUAGUGAAGGAACAGAAGCUAGUGCCGGUGGCUGGUGACGGCCGGCGUACCGCGCGUGGUGGAACCACCAAAGCGACACAGUUACUAGGAACUAAUGGCGGUAGUAGUAGUAGCGCUAGUAUGAAAAACAAAUUAGCACAAAAAAAUUGUAACAAUCACAGUGCCAUUGCGGACGAUGACAAUACCGCGAUCGGAGAACCCAUGGCAGAGUCUCCAUCUACUCUAGGAUUCAUUGAAAGCUUUAAUCAACUGACGGCAUCCAACCUAGCUGUGAUAGCAACGCAUACCGCACGUCAAUCACCGCCGGUUAGUGAUACGGUUAAGCUGCAACAUUGCCGACGACCGCCCAGGGGCACCACAACGUACUGUUCCGUUGGCGAGCUGAACAAACCCCACGUCCAAGACCCCUCUCCUUCCGCGUCGCACAAGCUUCCGCCGCCUGCGUACUCCUCGAUGGUGGACGAAACCGUGAGCACCUCGAUGGUCAAAACCGCGGAACUGGCUAAGUCUAUCACCAACUUGGCUCGCGCAUCGGGCAGCCAACGGCACCGCAAGGAGAGCGAUUUCCUUCGACAAUCAAGUUGUAACGUUGAGCUACACCACGGACCUACUACCUCCGGUACCUGCAGCCGCAGAUCGAACGCGAAAGAACAUCACCAUCGCAAGGGCAAUGGGGCCGGCAGUUACGGUUACGGCGAUUCCUCCUACAUAAUGGGCUACGACGUGAACGAAAGCGACGAAGACAAGCUAAACAAAAGGAAGUACAAAUAUUUGAAACGAUGCUCUGAUCCCGUCAUUGUGUUCCCAACGACCAGUGGCAGCGGUGGUAGUGGCGGCGGCAGCGGCCGCGGCGGCGACGGUGCCAGUGGACUGCAGCACUGCAUCCUUAGUCGUCCACCCAAUCAGCUUAUCCAAUUUCCUUACGACGAAGACUUGAUGUACGAUAUUUCGAUGCAAAUGGAGUCAGACUGUCACGGUGAACUUGAUUCGAUAGUGUCUGAGAAGAAGAAGAAACACAAGCACAGCAGACAUCAUCAUCACCAUCAUCGGCACUGUAAGAAAACACGACAUAAAAAGCGAAAAAUCCUAGUACACGAUUUGGACGACCAAAGCGUGAAGGUGAUAGACCCCGACGAUCUGCCACAACGUGCCCGCUGGACGAUCAUAGCGACUGCUUGCUUACUGCUAAUUAUGUGCCUACUACUUGUCGGAAUCACUCUGCGAAUGGCUCCUAUUAUUGAUGAUAUGGUACGCCAAGAGAACGAACGACUUAUGCGCGAGUCCCUCGACAGGGCGAAGAUGAUCAAAAACUACACCGAGUACAACAGGAUGAUUGGUGGCGACGAAACUCCUUAA